GACCAAGACCCAUCCUGGGCCAGUGCUACUCGCCCGAGGGGCCCUGUCGGUGCUGGAGACGGCCGCCGCGUCGGACACGACCAUGGCCAGCUACUGGGGCGCCGCCAAGAAGUUCGAGGAGUGGUGCCGCUGGACGUCCCAGACGUUCACCACGGCAGAGGAGGUCGAUGUCAUCCUAGUUACCGAUUUCGUGAACCUCUUUCUGGACGGCUUCGACAGUGCCACGGGCCGUGUACUCAUGGCCGCUCUGAAGCACUACCUGCCCGCGAUCCUCGCUGGCUGGCGGAAGCUCGUUCCCCUUCAGAUGCGACUCCCUCUUCCUCGAGCGGCGAUGGCGUCCAUCGUGGGUGUCCUGAUAGCGUGGAAGCUCUUCGGCAUGGCUGUGUUCAUCAGGCUGGUGUUCGACACAUACCUGAGGCCCAGCGAGGCAUACCGCCUCACGGCAGGGAGCGCGAUACGACCUCGACCCGACGGCGUCCUGGGGCACGGCCACUGGGCCCUGAUCGUCAACGACGCCUGCCUCGACCGCCCCGGCAAGACUGGCGAGAUGGACGAGAGCGCGAUCGUCGACAACCCGACCAUCUGGCCGCUCCUGGAGGCCCUGGUUCACGACAAGGACCCGACCGACGGCCUGUGGACCUUCGCCCCCGACGAGGUGCGGAGUAUGUUCCGUCGAGCGGCAGCUGCCCUCGGUCUGGAGACCGAGUUGACUCUCUACUCGCUUCGUCAUGGGGGUGCGUCCGACGACUUGCUGUCGCUCAGGCGCACGAGGAAGGAGGUCGAGGACCGCGGCCGCUGGAGGACGGACCAGAGCCUCCUCCGCUACGCGAAGCGGGCCCGCAUGCAGCAGCGGAUCGCCAGCCUAGGCCAGAACAUCGUGGAGUUCGGCGAGCAGGUGGACAGGCAGAUGAACGACCUCAUCCUGCAGACCACGGCCUCGGGCGUCUUCCCACUGAAGGUGCCUCUGGCAGUGGCGCCGACGCCGCCUGCGGUCAGGCGGGCGUCUACGAGGGGCAGGUGCUGCCCUGCGCUGGUGCUCGGCUGCGACGGUGGGGCGGUCCGCGCCCUGCAGCGGUUGGGCUUUGGCGUCGUGCAGCUCGACUCGAGUCGCCACGCAGGGGGCGACAUCGCCGACCCCGCAGUGAUACG